AUGGAUGUUAAUGCGAUUGAUAAAUGUUGUCCGGGCCGCUGUGAACGCAAAGAAAUAGUUAUUAUUGGGAAUGGUCCAUCUGCUAUUGUACUUUCAUAUAUUCUCUCUGGGCAUACACCUUAUUGGAAUGGCUGUCCCGUAUCAAAUGAUUAUCUCAACAUUAAACUAGAACAAUAUGUCAAGGAUAGUUCACUACUCGAACAGGAUUUAGAAUUUUUAUCCGAUGGCCUGGAAGGUCGUUCACGAAAUCCUGUUUCUUUACUUAUCGAUAAUUUAAUCCAUCCGGAUGCUGAUCUCGGUGCACAUCUACAAUCGAAAAUAAAAUGGCGCCAUGAUUCGUCGCUAAGCAUUGAUCAUCUAUGUAUUGGUCGAGGUGGAAUCGGUGGAGUUUGGCAUCAAUUAACAUCGAAACAUUUACAAACAGUUAGCAUAGCCCAUUGGAUGGAAUUACCUAACUAUUCUAUAACUACAUUUCGACAACAUCGUCGAAUACAUCGGACACGUUCGUCAACUGAAAAAAAACAAGCAACAGUGACGAAUGAUCAAAAUUCGAUCCGAGCGACUUAUGAAGAAGUUCGUUCCUAUUAUAUACAUUAUGUAAAAAGAAAUCGUUUAACAAAUUGCUUUCGUAAUAAUUGUGAGGUAACAUCGGUUCAACGCGUCUGGUCUGAUGCACCUUAUUACGAUGAUCUAAUAAAAGAAAUUCGUACGCCUGAAACACUAUGGGAAAUACGUGGUUUUGAAGAACAAACUAAAGCUCCAUUUGUUAUGCAUGCUAAAUAUGUUGUUUUAGCAACGGGCAUUUCACACCAUAUAACACGACCAUUAGGUAUUAUUGGUGAACAAGAAAGUCAAUCGUUUACUUACACAAGUUUAUUAAAUAUUGAAGAAAUUAUUAUUAAUAAAAAAUGUUUAACUAAAUAUAGCAAACCAUUACUUGUGAUUGGAUGUGGCCUAGCAGCUAUCGAUGUUAUUCUCCUGUGUCAACAGUAUUCCGUGCCUGUUUUACAUGUUUUCCGUCGUGCUGUCGAUGACCAUGAACUUGCUACUAAUCAAUUAGUAGAUAAUAUCUAUCCGGAAUUCGAACGCAUCAAAGAGUUAAUGAAGCAAUCAUCGACAACAACAGCCAUGUUAUCCGAAUGGUUCUAUCAAUGUUGUUCACAAAGUGAAGUUAUUUCCAUUACACAAGGUGGCACAGCACAUAUACGAAAUCAUCGAACACAAACUAUUCGAGAUUAUAAUAUUUCGUUCGUUGUUAGACUUACUGGCAAUGAAAUGAAGGUUCCUUUUCUUACGUCGGUAGCAAAGAAAAAUACUCAUGGUAUGCAUUUAAAUCCAUAUACUUAUGAAUGCAUAGAUUUCGAGAAUAUUUAUGCAUUGGGCGCAUUGGCUGGAGACACACUAGUUCGUUUUCUACAUGGUGGUGCUGUUGCAUGUGCUGCAAGUUUAUUAAAAAAAUACAGGCAAGCAUCGUGUAUUCAUCGGCAAGCAUCUGUAUAG